UAAAUAGUUAGUAAACACGCAGUACGAGAAAUGUGUGUAACGUUCAUUGACUAUUGACGCAUAUAUUAAAUACACAAUGCAAUUUUCCUGGAUGAAGCUAGCAAUUUAUCUGCUAACAUUUUUAACAUACGCAUAUUCUGGUUAUGGAUCUAGCACAAUUGUGCACCUAAGAGAUGCAAUAAUAGCUGCUGAGGCCAUUUUCGGUGACGUCUUUAAAAAUUUCAUCACAAUUGUGCGCAAAUUUCGAACCGUGCAUGAGGUAUUUGAUGCAGCCGUCGACGAAAACUGCAUAUUUCAGUGCCCAGUGCCAGAUGGCGGUGGAACGGCGCCGCGCGCCGUACAAAAUAAGUUCUAUGUGCCCGCCGCUGAUGGCUGCGGUUCUUUGGGCCUGAGAAUCAGUACCGAAUAUCUGCCCGCCGCCGAAAUGGAAACAUGCUGCAAUACGCAUGAUAUUUGCUAUGAUACCUGCAAUAGCGAUAAGGAGCUUUGCGAUUUGGAUUUCAAGCGUUGCUUGUAUAGAUACUGCGAUAGCUAUGAGAAAUCUAUUGCCAGCGAUCUGAUGACCAAAGGCUGUAAAGCGGCCGCGAAGAUGUUAUUCACAGGUACCUUGACACUGGGCUGCAAAUCUUACCUGGAUUCGCAGCAGCGGUCAUGUUACUGUGCUCCUAGCAAACCGACUAACUUUAAUGGCAAUAAGUACUCGAAUAGCAAGGAAAAACAGCAGCGGCAGAAGUACGGUUGGAAGGAUCGUAACGAAAUAUAACACGGAUUGGAUAAAUAUGUUAUUUGUUGUAGUUAAGUUCAUGUUAGUUUUUAGUUAUGGUUAUACUUUUCUACCAUUUGACGAAUUUUUAUAGCUUAAUACCAAAGCUAGCAGAGUCUCAGUAUUUGUUUAGCGUGCAG